AUGUCUGAUAACAAAUCCAGGAGGAAACCAUUUUACAAUAACCAUGUAAGGCGGUCUCGGGCAAUUGGAUGCAGUGCAGUGGCAUCCGCAGCCGGUGUAGUCAUGCGUAGCGCCUCGCAGCAGGUGUAUGGGACAGAGACCGCGGAGGCGCUGUGUUCAAAUACUAAGUUGACGAAGCGGCUUCUCGACUUCCAUUUGAAACGAGGCCGCUGGAAGUCUAAAAAGAGACGACCAUUGAAGAUCGAAGACUUUUUAGACAACGGUUUGAAGCAUAUAAGGUCCGGCAUAUAUGCCGGCAGUCAAGAUGAUCGACCAAUUCGAUGCUCGAUGAGGGGGAUCAAGCAUCUCUACUACGUAUCACCAAGGGUGUUAUGCAUGUGCAGGUGGUGUAGCUUGAGGCCCAGCCCGCUACGUUCGGAAAUCACCACCUACUCUGACGAUGAGUCGAUGUACCUACAGCUGUUGGGUCGGUGGAAUGCCGGCUACUUCCAAUACUGCGGCGACGAGGUAUAUGGGCGGCAGCACAACUCUCUCAUCAGGAUGCUGUAA